CUUGAAACAUGGCUGCUCGGCGGGGCGCUCUCAUCGUGCUGGAGGGAAUAGACCGAUCCGGGAAAAGCACCCAGUGCAGGAAGCUACAGGAGGCCUUGCGGGAGCACGGCCGAGCCGCUGAGGUCCUGCAGUUCCCGGACCGAAGUACUGAAAUCGGCGGCCUGAUCAGCUCCUACCUGGAGAAGAAGAGUAAUCUCGAGGAUCACACCGUGCACCUGCUGUUUGCCGCCAACAGAUGGGAACGAGUGCCACUGAUUAAAGAAAAGUUACAACAAGGGGUCACUCUGAUCUUGGAUAGAUAUGCAUUUUCUGGAGUUGCGUUCACUAGUGCAAAGCCAGAUUUCACAUUGGAAUGGUGCAAACAACCAGACGUAGGUAUUCCGAAGCCUGAUGUAAUCCUGUUUCUUCAUCUUCAGCCUUCGACAGCUGCGAAGCGAGGGGGCUUUGGCAACGAGCGGUAUGAAAACUAUGCCUUCCAGGACUCAGUACUUAAGCAGUUUGAAGAGUUGAUGAAAGAUGAGACUUUAAACUGGAAGAAACUAGAUGCUUCUCAAAGUGUUGAAGAUUUACAUCAGGAAAUACUGUCUCGGGUGAAGAAAACCAUUGAAAAAGUUGGCGAGGAACCUAUUGGAGAACUCUGGAAAUAGAAUCCUUUUUCCCUGCACAGACGGUGCGAUUUGGGAGAGUGGUGAUUAAGAAGAUUACUGCACUCCCUUUGUAUUCAGUGCUGUGUUCAUCCAUUUGCACAUAUCAGCUGCUGUAGAAAUUUGUUUUUGCAUUGAAGGGAAACGUUCAGAGAGGUCAGUCUAGUACAUUUUUCUGAAAAAUAGCUAUUCAGCAAUAUUAGCAAAAUAAAACUGUUUAUAAUUUGGUCACCAAUCUCCCUUACUUACUUGAAUUAUGCUGUUUGAAUGCAUGAGCUUGGAUCCUGGUUGUUGGGAUGAAAGCUGCUUCACGUCUGGAUCUGAUCAUUCAAGAAAUAGUUGAACAGAUGUAGGUCAUUCAGCCUCUCUGCCACUCAGUCAACUGUUGUCUAAUUGUGGACCCAACUCCAUAUACGUGCCUUCAAUCAUUCAGAUUUCCAGCAUUGGAUCCCAGAUAGCAAGGAGGAACAGGAACUCUGCCAAAUGUGGGAAAUAAGCCUUUUCCUUUUUCAGUCCCAGUGAGCUUUUGAGUCUCUUUCUUCUGCUGUCCUGAGCCAGUGUUGCUUGUGAAUCAUAAACCAACUUUGGGACCGAAUAAAUGGCAGUGACUAUUGAUGAAUAGGGAUUAGAUAUGUGGUUCUUAGAGUCACCAGCCUGGGGGAGCAUCAAUUUGUAUCCAUCAUGUCAUGCUGUGUCAGAAUGUUGUAAGUUUCAAUGACAUGACCCCUCAUUCUUCAAAACUCCAGAGAAAACAGUCAUCAGGGUUUAUGUUACUCGCUCCAUCAAAAUUUGAAUUUCUCUCUGCAAAUGCAGUAGUGCUAAAUUUCAAAUUUAAGAUUAGAUUUUUUUGCUAAUCAAAAGCAAAAGGCACGUAUAUGGAGUUGGGUCCACAAUUAGACAACAGUUGACUGAGUGGCAGAGAGGCUGAAUGACCUACAUCUGUUCAACUAUUUCUUGAAUUUUGAUUUAUAGGUGGACUUAGUGUCUUGAGCUCUGCAUUUAGCCUCACUGACUUCAUUCAGAACUCAUAAGCAUCUACUAUGAGCAACUCCUUACAGCCAUGUUUAUGCCCUCUUCCCCCACCCAAAGAUCAGAGUUGAUCAGUAGACUAUUCAGCCCAUUGAGUCUAUCCUACCAUUCUAGAUUAUCUCCAUGCAGCUUACCUGCUCUUGAUCAUUUAAUUUUAUUAGCCUCCAAAAACAUCAAUUUCAUCUCAAACUUGCUGAAUGACUAAGUUUCCACAACUCAGAAGGUGGUGAAUUCUCCACCUUAGAGUGAAUUAAUUCCUCAUCUCAGUUUUAAAAGGCCCACCAUUACCCUGUGAUUUUGUCCCCUUGUUCUAAAGUCACUAGCCAGGGGAAAUAUCCUAUCUAUCUACCUGUUGUAAAUUGCAAUGAGAUCACCUUUCCUUCCUCAAAACUCGGGAGAAUUCAAAUCCAGUUUUCUCAGUAUCUCAUAAAACAGUCUCACCAUCGCUGGGAUUAAUCUGUAAGCAUCCACUGCAUACUGUUUAUGAUGAGAUCUAAAAUGUACAUAAUAUUCCAGAUGAGGUCUCACCAAAACUCUACAACUGCACCAAUACACAAUUUAUAUUCAAAUCCUCUUGAAAUGAAGACAAUAUAUUUUUGCCUUCUGUUUGCUGCCCUGCAUGCUAGUUUUUAGGGACUCGUAGACAAAGACACCCACAUUUCUCAACUCAUUUCUAUUUAAGAAGAGAUCCACCUGUUUUUUUAAUCAAUGUCAAUAAUGCCAGACUUACUUACAUGACAUUCCACCAGUUAUUUCAGCCCUUUCAGUUAGCCAGUUCAUUGACUUGAAGCCUUCACACAUCCUCUGUACAACUUGCAUUCCCAACCAGCUUGCCUUCAGCAAAUUUGGAAAUAUUCCAAUUGGUCCCCACAUCCAAAUCAUUACACAAAUUGUGAACUUAGCACUGAUCCUUGUGAUACUUCGCUAUUAACAGCUUGUCAUCCUGAAAAUGAUCCAAUUAUUCCUAGUUUCUGCUUUCUAUCUAGUAGCCAAUCCUCAAUCCAUGAAGUAUAUUUUCCUCAGUCCCAUGCGCUUGAAUUAUAUUUUAUAAUUUCUUAUUUGGACCUCUAUCAUAACAGAAGGCAUCAUAAGAGAAUCCACAACGACUGGUUUUCAAUUUUUCUUUUAAAAAUCGAUGCGACAAGUAACAUCCGCAAAACAAAAUUCAGGCAAGUUUGUGAAAUGAUUUUCUUUCAUAAAUCAUUUGCUAUCUUUCAGAAAACAUAGAAUUAUGUAAGAAAAAUCCACUAUUUCAGUUGCUGCUACUUUUGGGGGACAAGGCAUACCGAAGUACUUUCUACAUUUGUCAGUUAGAUCCCAUAUUGUAGCUGUAUUGAAUCAGCUUAGUCAAGCCAGCAGCAAGUUCUAGAGCACAUGUCUUGAGUACCAAUGCUAGAAUAUUGUCAGGACCCGCAGCCUUUUCAGUGUCCAGUGUCUUUAGCUGUUUCUUGUUUUUACAUGCAGUGAAGCAAAUUGGCUGAAGACUGAUACUGGGGUUCAUUGGAGAAGGGCAAAAUGGACUUAGCACUUAUAGCUGAAGAUUCUUGUGAAAGCUUUAACCUUAUCUUUUGCACUAAUAUACUGAACUCCUCCAUCAUGGAGGAUGUGGACAUCUGUGGAGUCACCUCCAGCGAGUUGUUUAAAAUGGCCAUACAUGACCAUAUAGGACAAAUUAUAAGAGAUCAUAUUUUUCAUUUUUUGGGACCAUGAACUGAAAUGGAAGUCAGAGUACUGUAGCUGGAAUGCCUGGAAAGUUUUGCAAUCUGAAAAUCAAGAGGAAUAUAUUCAGCUUCUGCUUUUUUGAAAGAAGCAAGAUGGAAAAUGAGGUGCUCAGUGGCACCAAGCAUUUUCCAAGUUAAGCAAGUUGUGAAUUCUCCACCCCAGAAUGAAUUAAUUCCUUCUCAUCUCAGUUUUAAAAGGCUCACCAUUAGCCUGUGAUUAUGACCUCUUUUUCUAAAGUCACCAGCCAGGAGAAAUAUCCUAUCUAUCCACCUUGCUGUGGUCUGUUAUAAGUUUCAAUAAGAUCCUCUUCUUCAAAACUGAUGGUAGUGCUCAUUGUUUGAGGGGAGGUGUCAUAAAGCUGUAAAUCCCAAGAACAGAGUGUGGAAAAAAGUAUCCGGAGCCUGCAGACAGAAAGCAUCCUCUCUCCAAGUCUUGGCAGGGGAAAAUUCAGAAAAGGCAAGAAAACCUAAAGAAUUAAUCUAAGACCCAAGUUUGCCUGAGCAACCAUCGAAUCAAAGAAUGACUGUCACCCUAUAGAAAACAGCCUGUCAUCAUUAAAGAAAUGUGGAAAGGAGUAGCCAGGGAACUAUAGACCGGUGGGCAAGAUGUUGGAGGGGAUCCUGAGGGACAGGAUUUACAUUUAUUCAGUAAGACUGAUUAGGGAUAGUCAAGAAGGGUUUCAGCCUGAAACAUUUACUUUCCUGCUCCUCAAAUGCGGUUGAUCUGUUGUGCUUUUCCAGUUCCACAUCUGUGGACUCUGGCUUCCAGCAUCUGCAGUCCUCACUGUCUGCUAUUUUUUCCUCAUUGUCUAAUCAUGACCGAGAAUAAUAUUUAUAUAGUUUGAAGGAGUAUAUUUUUCAGUCACAUCAAUUAUAAAUACUUUGUUUUCAAUACUUAAGUUUUUAAAUUGUUACUAAGCAGCCAUCAGGAAAUUGGUUAUUUAGGGUCUCAUUUGGAUUUUAUACACUGCAAUGUAAGGUUUGGGAGUUUGGGAUUUGUGUAUAUUUUAAUAUUUGGAGUUUUGAAUUUUGAACAAGAAUACCUUGGUCUUCUUUGCAUCUUAAGGAGUUUAAUGAUAACCCUGUAGUUGUUGCUGUUGCCACAGUAAUUUCUUUUAAAACACUAUUAGAGAGCGACUUCCUCGAGGUUCAUGGGGUUUUGUUUAGUUAGUUCACUCAAACUCUCCCAACAUAAAGAAUGUAGUGCAUUUAGCUUUCAGAUAGAAAAUUCUGGAUUUUUUUGGAGCUUGGGAAACAGCCAUAGCUUGGUGGGGGAAAAGCUUUUAUUUUAGUCAAGCAGUUUGCAGAAAUAUUGGCUGAAGCUGAAUAUUUAAAAUGGUUGUUCCUGAGAAAUUUUGUUUCAGUUAAAAUUAUGCAGGAUUAGGUUAGUUUUUAGCAGGUGUGAAACCCUAAUGAGGUGUAAUGUGAUGCUGUGUGUUCUGGCUUUAUUAUAUUAAGUUAAUUCAACUAAUUGUUCAGAUUGGAAAGUGUGGUUUUCAUUUGUGGAGAUAGUGGGUAGCUACAUUGUGUUACUGCAAUACUUUGCAUUAAGUUGGUAUUCUGAGGCACACAGAAGAUCGCAAAUUAGGUUCAUUGAAUGUACAGGUCCUAAACAAAUCAUUGACUACCCUUAAAUUAAUUGUGGUGAAAACUGUUCGAUUUAUAUAUUUCAGUAUCAUUUAUUUUCGUUUGGAUUUUGAGUUAGUGGCAUAUGGUCUGUGUGAACAAGGUAAUUUAGUGAUUAACUUGUCAGUAUUUGUAGCCUUUUUUCAAAAAACAAAUGUAUAAAUUCCCUUCAAUGAUAAUUGGAAUUUGUUUGCAUUGAGUAUCAUGGACAGACAUAGUAAACAUUGAAAAACAUUAGGUGAGAAGGAUCAGGAUUUGAUUUUGUUUUGUUUCAGGGAAAAACACAAAACUUAAAUCUUCCAUUUCAGUUCACAGAAAUACUGGUUGAGAAAAACAAAUUAAUUCACAAAGUUUGAAACUUUCAAAUGUGAACUUUUACACUAAUGUAACGGGCCGGGUGCUGGCAGGUGGGACUAGAUUGGGUUGGGAUAUCUGGUCGGCAUGAACGGGUAGGACCGAAGGGUCUGCUUCCAUGCUGUACAUCUCUAUGACAAGUCAGGAUAGAAUGUGUUUCUUCAGCAGACAUAUUUGGUUAGAAUGCUAACAGGGUGACUUGAAGCUGAGAGGCAGAGUUCAAUUGUGUGAAUAGUCAAGGAAAUUGAAAAGAACAAUUUAGUAAAACCUGUCGAUGUGAUUGAGAAAGGAAUUCUCUCGUGUUUUCAUACUAUAAAUGGAUAGUGAUGGGAUAAAUGGCACUUAACUGUUUCAAAAUCUUUCAAAUGGUCAAAUAGCUAUUAUUCUAUUUUAGAUCUCUUCUGUGUAACAGAGAUUUACUGUUAAAACCAAAUCUCCAACAUUGUCUGUAUUUCAGUGAAAGAGCUUAUUAAAUAAAAAAAGCAAAGUAGAUCUAUCAAACCAAA